AGUGAUGAUGAAGUCAAAUGUGAAUUUUAUGAUAACCUCGAGUGGGUUUAUGAUAAACCAGGCAAUACUUUAAAUACAUAAUUUCAGCUUUGCACGUCUGUUAUUUUACAAAAGCAUACAAAUUAGAAUAUUACACAUGUCUCAUGAUUACUUAAAUAAAUCUGUUGAAUCAGAUUGUGAAAAAAAGAUCGAACUGGGUUCAGUGAAAAGGAUUUCAUGGCUCAUUGAAAAAAAGCCAAAAAUUUGUUCAUAAAUUGUUGUUCUAUAAACAAAAAAGUCGCUGCCAAAAAUAUCACUAUUUCAAGACAUAUCUUCAGAAAAUCUAUGUUUACAUAAUAUUUCAAUAUAAAAGAGCAUAACCCCAAAAGAGACAUAAAUUAAUGCUUAGAACAUAACUGAAAAAUUCCAAGCACAAAAAUCAUCGAGUCUUUAAAAUGCAGGUAAAACAAUUAAUCUGUAAUUAUUUUGUCAAUUCAGGCAUUAUCAGAGUAAAAACGUAUGACUCGUUU